AUGACAGACACUACGAAUCAGUUAGGAGUUGAAGAGACUUCUACUGCUACAUCAUCAAUCGAUACAUCAAUUCAAAAGUUGGACAUCAAUGAUCAACAACAAGAGAUAGACUUGAAUGACAAUAUAAAUACAUCAUCCUCAAUAGAUGGUCAACAACAACAAAAUGUAGAGCAUGAACAACAACAACAACAACAACAACAACAACAGAGCAGUAAUACUGUACCUAUGCCUACAACAGCGUCUACAGUGGUGACCAAUGAGAUAUCUAGUAUCACCAAUCAGAAUGAUAUACACAAUAUAUUGAAUACACAGACUGAAAUACUGGCCAAACAAUACGAGACCAACACUGCACUGCAACACUUUAACGACUACUCGGCUCAGAAGUAUGCCCAGGUGUCACACGACUUUGAGAAGCACACCAAGAUGCUCAAAGAGAUGAAGAGAGACCUGGAAUACAUAUUUAAAAAGACAAGAACACUUCAAUCUCUGUUGAAUGACAAGUUUCCAAACAUCAAUGUGGCACAGACUACUCACUUGGUAGAGGAUGACUAA